AUGGAAGAGGCGGCUGCGGAAGAGCUCGGGACAGAUACCGGCAUCGUUCGAUGUCGCAUCGGAGAUUAUGUGAAAGAGCCGACGGGCAGUAAAGAGGUGCCUAUGGCAGAUGUAAUCACACGCCACGUCAAGCAAGUUGCCGAUUUUAACAAAGCCCUCGAGAAACGGCGGCUGUGGAAGAAGAGAGAAAAAGAGCUCGAAGCGAAGCACGAAGACACAUGGGGAGUCCUCAAAUCGGAAGGGCGCACUAAGGAGCGUACGAAGAGCCCGGAUAUCGUCUCUAGUAGCGCCAAGAGGGUCCUAGACUCUAUAGUAGUCGAAGGUGUCGAUGAAGAUGUGGUGAAACGAGUGAAGGAAAAAGUCGCACGGGAAUUUGGUUCUGUUGAUGUUCAUGCAGCCAUCAGGCAAAGAAUUGCCAAGCAGAAAGAAGCGCGACAACUGCAGCUGCAGAACGAUGUUUCCGAUGCGUGGAUGCCCGACAGAUUUUACACCGAAGAGUUAAAGCAGGUAAAACGUAGCCUUACCCCUGUCGCGUCCGACAGCGAGAGUGAUUCUAAGGGAAGCAAGAAAAAAAAGAAGCGCAAGAAGGAGAAAAAGAAACGCAAGAAGAGCAAGAAGAAGCGGAAGGACUGA